AUCCCAUAAGACUAACAGUCUUUAUUAAUAAUUUCAUCGGUGCUUUCGAUAAAGAUUCGAUAUCGUUGUAUGAGUCAAUGACAGGGCAGGCUUAUCUUUUUCUCAAGUAGUACGACUCAGCAAGCUGCGACCGUUUGUUAUCUCUAGGAAAAUAAAGUAGUUUGAAAUGAGCAGUGUUGAACCGUCAGCGAUUUACUCGCGAUGUCUGCACAGUGGUUUAGGACAUUAAAGAUAGGUUGUCUCAAUAUGAUUCAUAAAGGGCCACGUCCAUUGGUAUUGUGCGGUCCUUCCGGUAGUGGGAAGAGCACUUUAAUAAAGCGACUGUUUGAUGAAUAUCCUGAUACUUUUAAAUUUUCGGUAUCUCAUACAACUAGGGCUCCUCGGCCUGGUGAGGAAGAUGGGACUCAUUACCACUUUACGGAUAAAGAAAAAAUGCAGGAGCAAAUAAAAAAUGGUGAAUUUAUUGAAACUGCUACAUUUAGUGGGAAUUUAUAUGGGACAAGUAAACAGGCGGUCGAAGAGGUGCAAAGUUUAGGAAAGGUAUGCGUGUUAGACAUUGACAUACAAGGAGUAAAACAAAUUAAACGCACUCCUCAUCUCGAUCCCCUUUAUGUAUUUGUAAAACCACCAUCUCUUGUGGAGUUGGAGCGACGAUUGAAGGCUAGAAACACUGAAACUGAAGAAUCAUUGGAACACAGAUUGUCGGUUGCCAAAGCUGAAAUGGAAUACGGUGAAACACCAGGUAACUUUGAUAUUAUCAUAGAAAAUAACGAUUUGGAAAAGACAUACGAAACUUUACGCAACUUUGUACACGCCCAUCUUCAUCCACAUUGUAAAACAGACGGGACAACAAGUUAAUCAAGGAUUGAAAUUCAAUGGAUCCUUGGAUUAUUCGUUGCCGACCUGGAUACAGCUGGACGUGAUCAAUCUUGUCUCUCAACAAUGUGCGUCAGCUUAUGAGAGCGUGUAGCCACAGCGUCAUUGACGUCUUGCCUUUUCACUUUGUUUUGGCCGUUACUCGAAGUUAGCGCUUCAUGAGCUCUAGUUCAUUUGCACAUGUUCACAUAUCUGCUAUAUAUUCUUAAUUCAAAUAAUAAUAGCGGGGACAUUGUUAUUAUUUUUCAUUAACAUUGGCGUUAAUUGGCGACGGUUGUUAAUCACAUCAUGAUGCGUGCGAUAUAACAGGUCAGAAUGGGAGAAUGUAGGAAAAUCUUUAGGGUGUAAUAUUAGCUUAAUACUUGAAUAACUGA